AUGGAUACGAUCAAAGUUGGGUCAGUUGGAGGACGUGGUGGAUCAAUUUGGGAAGAAGAAGGAGAUGAAUUAGUUGGAAUUUUUGUUUCUUAUGAUGAAGAUAUAGUUUAUUCACUUCAAUUCCUGAAUUAUGUGAAUGGCAAAUUACAUAUGUCAGCUAAAUACGGUACUAAUUGCUGUGAAAUGUACGGUGCAAUUAUGUUGGAUUAUCCAUCAGAAUUUCUUACUUCCAUAAGUGGUUCGUUCGAACGUAUCAAUAAAAAGUUAACAGUUUUAAGAUCAAUAAAAUUUUGCACCAAUAAAUGUUCUUAUGGAACAUUUGGUACCCCGUCAACUGAUGGCAAUAAUAUUGACUUCAAUUUUGUGACAGGAAAUUAUCAAUUUUUUGGUGGAUUUCAUGGCACAUAUAAUUCUAAUGGCAUUGAGAGUAUUGGGUUUUAUGUUAAGGACGUUCCAUCUUCUGUGAUCAAGCUAAAAGAUUCUCCAGUUAAGGUUAAAGAGGAAAAAUAG